CAAGUCAGGUGUGACGACACUUCGCAGCACGCAGACACAACCAAGUCGUCAAAUCAUCAGUCUGCCUGAAGAAAGUCAUUGUGACCUUUGAAAAGAACGAUGUCAAAUGGCUCAACUUGCCCCAUCUGUGGGGUAAGUUGUGCUACCUUCUGGGAAUGUCCGUGCCAGUUUGGCGGUUACUGUGACUUCACUGAACACACAUGCCGCUGUCCGUCGGGGCGAUCCGGGUUGCUUUGUGAAGAAACAUGCCCCUUUGGGACGUAUGGAGUUGAAUGCGUGCAGAGAUGUACAUGCGGUGAUGGGGCCUUGUGUGAUCCAUACAGUGGAUUAUGUAGCUGCCAACCUAAUCAAAGCUGCAUGAUUUGCCGAGAGGGGUUCUACGGUCCCACGUGCAAGUUGACCUGCCCAUGUGACGUAGGAGUGUCAUGUGACUCAUUUACUGGACGUUGCUUGCAAGGUCCGCAAGCAAGUGGAGGAAAUUUCUGGACAGAUUUCUCCAUCAGCGAAAUGGCUGCCAUUGCACUUGGAGCUGCACUUCUCGUUGUCAUGGUGAUAGGUGGCGCACUUCUCAUUAGAUCAUGCUGCAAACAUCGAUCUUCACGGAUGCUAACAUUGACUCGCCUUCCGUCUGAUGAACCGUGUAGAUACACUGUUGAUUCCGGUAAGAUUACUGUCUAUAAAAGGGCAUAUGGGUUCAAGCUCUUGCUCAAGCAACAAUUAACUAUAUCCAUGGACGCUUACACAUACUCGAAUUAUAAUAACCAUAUUCCUGCUGCCACAGCAGUUACUGCCACCAAACGUCACUCUGCUGUCUUCCUGACUUCUGAUGGAGAUGCUAGCAUCUACUGGAAUCAGAGGGCGAGUCACUUCGAGCGACAACUCCCAACUAUUCCCGGAGAAGGACGUCUCCUUCGGCCAGCCAGCGCACAACCUCUGAUGAGGAAACAUUACGAACGGCGCUCCCUACGGACUGAACGAGCACCGCGGUGCGUUUCGGUCGCAUGCGGAGAAAAACUGGAGUUCUAUCGCGAAACGCCAUCAGACAAAACAAAAUUACCUGUUAGACCUCCGAAUGUUGGAAGAUUGAGCGGCAGUGAGGGAAAUUUGUGUUUACCGAUGAGGCAAGAGAAUUACGGAUGUACAGCUAGUGCAAGUAUUCCUGAUUACAGUAGACACAGUCGUGUCGCCAAAAGAAAUGGCAACUAUGACCACUUGACACGACCGGUCAGUUGGGUAUCGCGCUGUUCGCGUGAUUCGUCACCUGAACCAUCACCUGAUGGUUAUCAUCGCCUAGAAACUCCACCGACGUUGCGUAUCAAGCGAGGAGAUACAAACAAAGAAAGACCGGGAUCGUCGUCUAAUGAUCUCGAUUUCCAGUCACUGCAUGAUUAUGAUCAUGCUCCGAAGCUGCCACCGAUGAAAAGGGGCCAUCUGGAGAAGACGGACAGUGCACCAUUGACCGACAACAAUUACGAGGAGCCACUUAAGCUCUUACGAGACUCUAAACGAGAGAAUCGAGUUCAUGAAGACGACUUUAGUAAAAUGACACGAGAUGCCGAGUCAGAAUUCAGAAGAAACGAAUCCGAGACGUCCGGUGAAAAUAUGUACGAAGUUUUAACGGCACCCUGAUAGUUCACGAAGGUAUCAUGACUCUCAUGAGGUAGCUUUCGCACAACUUUGAGACUACUCUACCGUACCCUUUAUCAUCUAAACCUUGAAGGUGAUACAAGUUUAUACUUGUCUUGCCAAAGUAAAUUAAUGACUCUUUGGGGGCUUCACCUUAGUAUUGACUGGCCAUGCGCAUGCUGAUGGAGCUACUCAAGACGGUGUCACAUCCACUUUUUUUUUU